AUGGAACGACAGUUUUGUGGUUUGGGCGCUAAAGGUUUUCGAAGCUUCUUGACCACAGGGUCCUGCAUGACAGGGAUCCUGGCAGCUGUCCUCGGAUACUCUGCCUUGCAGGCUUUGGCUUUUAGUAGUGAGCUGCAUGUUGGGCUGGUUGACCCACCAAUGGCCUUGAGCGAUGAAGCCAUGGCGGAGAUUCUUCAGCGACACGGCUUCGACAGCAUCCUUCGCAGAUGGAAGGACCGCGCCAGCAACGCAUGGACGAAGACACUGAGGCCGCUGUCCGAGACUCUUAUGAUAGGAGCAGCCUCUGGGCGCCCUAAGCCUCCAGCCCGAAGCCAAAAAUCACAACCCUGA